UACGGUUUGUUUACACAAUAUGACACCGGUAAGCUGGCUGGACCGGUUAAAGAAAGCGGAGAAAAUAGGUGUGAUUGCGGAUGGUAAGCGUAAAAUUCAUUACAAACUGGAAGAUGGCCUUGAAAUGGUGGAAGAGUAUAGUCUGGACACAAAUGUUCUCGUAAGAAGGGCUUGGAGAGAUAGAAGGAAACUAUGUGGAAAUCAUCAGUGGGCAGUUGAAGUUGGUGAUCCAGAACCCCAGACAAAUAGUUUAGAUGCUGUUGGGAUCAAGGAAGAUGUUAAUUCACCAUAUGUUACAAUGAGAAUUACAAAAUCAUCUUUGGAAUGGAGGAUCAGAAACCUGCCUUACCCACUGGAUAUGUAUUCAGUAACAGCAGAUCCAGAAAAUAAAUGCAUAACAGUGCGUACGAGUAAUAAGAAAUAUUUCAAAAAAUUACUAGUUCCUGACCUUGAGAGAGCUGGUGUCAGUGUUCAGCAAAGCAGAAUACAAUAUACACAUAAGUACAACACAUUGGUUAUAACGUAUGAGAAACCUCCUGAGCUACUCCAGCUAGAAAAGCUUGUGUUUGAAGAAGUAAAGAAAGUUAAAACAAGAAAAGAGGAUGAUCCACAGUGUAACCCAAGUUGAAUAAUUGGAUGUUGAUAAAUCCAUUAGAUCUUGUUGAUCCAGCAUUUCACAAUUCGAUAAACAGAGGCUGUUUUUUAUAUGUUGUUACUAAUAAGCAUUUUGUUGACCGUGGCAUUACUAGCUAAUUUGCAAACAUGCUCUAUUUUAUGGAUAUUUUUCCCAUAAUGUAUAUACUCAUAAAAGAAAGAAGGAAGUUGAUUGUACAAUGCCAAAUUGUACUUUUCUCUAUUUAUAUGCUGAAUGAAUACAAAACAAUGAGUGUAAAAUGUUAAGACCUGAUGCUUGGCAUGUUUGUAUAUCAGCUGUAUUUGGAAAGCAUCCUUUAAUUCCAAUUAGUGUCAGCUUCCAAGUGAGGAACAGGUAUGCAGAAAAUGUAAAAACUUACAUUGAGAGCAGUGAAAAACCCAUUAUUAACAAACAGAAAGUUAUAAAAUUUAUUGAUAAAAUUUCAUUUGUAUGUGA